AGACAGGCGCUGUUGCGGACGCCCGUCACUAAGGGGUCCUGACGCUUCAAACGGUCAAGGAUCAGCGUUAGCGACAUCAUGGCGGCGUCCACACGAGCACAGGCGAUCUCUCUUUAUAAGAUGAUGCUGACGGAGAGCAAGAAGUUCCCCUCGUACAACUACAGGACCUAUGCACUGCGGCGGGUGCGUGAUGCCUUCAGGGCCAACAGGAAGGUGGAGGAUCCAAAAACUGUGGAGAGACUGAUGGAGGAGGGACAUCAGACACUGGCACUGAUACAGAGACAGGUCACCGUAGGGAAGAUGUUCAGCACCCAGAAGAACGUGGUGGAGGGUUAGAGCCACCCACCCCUACCCCCCC